AAAAUCUCUCAGUGCGCUGAUUGAAGGGUUUUUUGACCACCAACAAAGGUAUCCUUCUCUGGAGGCGAAAAUUAUCUUCAUAUUUUUCUUCCAGACUACUGGGGACACUGUGAGAGUUGAAUUUUUUUGCCGGUGUUUUGGGAAAAGAAAGAUUGGAUUUUUUAUUUUUGUUGAUUGCACAGCCAAUACAGUGAAUAAGAAUCUCGCUCCGACUACGAAAAACUGUCAUUCAGGUUUUUUUUUUUUUUGGAAGAUAAUGAUUUACGUCAGUAAAUGAAGAUUGAUGGUUGAUAUAUAAGAUGAGGUAUUCAGCAUUUACUAGUUUGGCGUAUGAGAGAAUUUAAAUCGCAGUGUCAAGUUUACGGGAAUCAUUCUGUCGCUCUCCGUAAUUCAAUCUCCGUUUUGCCUCCGAAAUUCACAACAUGAAGGAUGGAAAGUUCUCGUGAUAUUACAGCUGUGUGUAGCAACCAUGGCGCAGAUGACAUCAUUGAGGAAACAAUACCAGACGCCGAUGAUUCACCGUCGAUAAGAAACCGUAUUGCCUGCAAGACAGGUCAUGUACUUAACAACCUAACGGCGAGCGUGUGGUACAGCUAUGCCCUGCUCUAUUUUCAGAAUGUUGUCGGCCUGUCCGCUGUUACGGUUGGAAUUAUCUUCUUCAUUUCUCAAAUUCUCAUGGCCGCGAGUUUUCUUUUGAUCAGUUUUGGCCGCGACAAGCGUUUGUGGGAUUCCUUCGCUGCGUAUGGAAGACGAAAAGCAAGACAUAUUGUUAGUUCUGCUGGUGUACUGUUCGCCUGGCCGCUUACUUUUACACCAUGUUUGUUUUGCGGGGAUCAUAGCUCUGAUACAGACUUAGGGGCAUACUAUUUACCAUCCGUGGCUUUAUUUUCGAUUUGCUGGCCGCUUGCUGAAGUUAGUUAUUAUUCUUUGAUGACAGAAAUACGAGCGGAGAACGGAAAAGAUACAGAAACGUCCAGAUCUAUUGUUCGCGUUUGCAAGGUGUGUCUGUAUAUCUUGCUCUGGGCUUUACUACAGCAGAGUUCAGAAGACACAGUGAAUCCAAAUGUCAGCGAGCAGUUUACGCGUUUUGCAGUCAUUCUUCUUCCAGUUGGCUUUCUCUUCGUCUUUGCCUUUCAUUUGACCGUUUUAGAACCCAGACCACAAGCUGAUCUUCCCACUGAAGGAAAACAAGAUGAAGAGAAAACUUGUGGACGGUCGACGGCUGACGUAUCUUCACCAAGUACGAUAAUAAAUCAAGAAGUGGCAAGAAUAGAGAGGCCAAAAUUCACUUUGUCUGAAUGGCUGAGGGAACCUUUGUUAUACAAGGUUGGAUUUAUUUUCCUUUUCUCAAACGUCGCCAUGCGGAUUGUACAGUGCUAUCUUCCAUUAUAUCUCAUCGAAACUCUUCAAUUACGAAAAGAAUCAGUUGCCUGCUUUCCUUUGAUAAUCGUCACUACUCGUAUCGUGACCGAAAUAACGUGUAAGAGUUUUACAGAAAAGCUAAAACCCAGGAUCGUCAUCUUGUGCACUACUGCCGUCAUCUUUGGAACCUGCAUGUGGUUUGCUUUACAGUCAGUAGCUAGAACUUCUCUUGUUUAUGUGCCCGCGGUCAUAUUUGCCUGUAUGUCCUCGCUUCUCACCUUAAUAACCCCAAUGCUACUUCAAGAACUGAAUGGGAAUGACAAGGAAACGGCGAGUUACGUUUCAGGAGUUUUUGAAUGUACGGAAAGAGUUUUACUGGGAGUAACAGUGCUCGGGAUUCAAAUCUGUCAUCCUGCAAACAAAGAGAGAUCGAUUGGCGAAUAUCUGCGCGUUGCCUUCCCAGCAGCCUUUGGGGCCUGUAUUGUGAUUCCAUUGCUGGUUGCUACAGCUUUCAUGAAUUCUAAAGACUCAAACGAAGGUCCAGUGUUAACCGUAACUGCAGCAAGUCCGCGCGAGGAGAAUGGACCGAUUCUCACCAGUCUCCCGAUGGUUAACUGUGUUGAUCGUCUCGGAUCAUCAGCAAGGUCAACUCCUCCAGUGGACAUUGAAAACAACGAACGCAGACGUAACAGCGACUGUGCAGAACUACAAGGUACUUUAUCGACGGCUUUUACAUCAGAUGUCGAGCCUGAAGAAACAGCAACUCACAGUCAUAGAGAUCGAGAAAUCGAAGAAGUCAAGCGAGCAUUAGACGAACUUCACCGACUUCCUUCCACCGACUUGUAGAUGUUAUUUUCCCUACGACAAUUUCCGUAUUGAACGACGGGUCUUAUACAACAGCAGUCAUUUCAGGAGAGGAUUUAGGGGGGAGGGCGGAUUGGGUGGCUCCCAUCCCCCUUUUGAAGGAGAAAAAAAAAUAAUUGAAAUAAAUUCUGAAUAUUAUGGCAGAAAUGAAGGGAAACACUCUAGACAGGUACCUCAAUGUUAUUUCUACUUUGUGGCAUUGCUAGUAUUUGUGGUGGAACGGUUUUAAAUUAGGUUCCAGUUCUCAAAUUGAAACAUUUUGCGGGCAUACCGUGUGGCCCAUUCUACAACCCAAAGGUACCAUGCAUCAAUGGCCAUCCACCCCCACUUGACAAAUCCUGGAUUCGUCCCUGCAUUCAUACAUAAACUCACAACUUAAAGGGGACUGUGACAUUUUUGACAUUUUUAAUAACAACAAUGUUGACUUUUUUCCUGACAAAUCGAUACAAACCUGGCAAAUGUCUGUAACGAAUCGGGCUUUGACCACGUUUUUGCUCCUUUCAAAUUUCCUAUGGAACAUUAUUUUAUAACUAUGCUUUCCUAAUUGUGAUAUAUGCUUGUUUGGCCGAUGAAUUUUUAAGAGGGAAAUGUGGUUCAAAACUUUUUUUCCAAUACUUAAGUUCCCAUUUAAUAGAGUUUUUCGACUAUAUAUACUUUUAACAAUUAUUCCACAAGCGCGCGUUGGAUACGAGAAAGUGACGGAUAGCUAUUGAGCGCGAGUGGAUUAAUUUUUGUAUUAAAAACGCCCCCAAAAUAUAGAAUACAGUACGCGCAGCGCACGAUGAGGGGCGGAGUGUAAUACCGUCAAGAAUGUAUUCUGAUUGGCUGUAAUUUCUAUGGCAUGGUAUAAAUAUUGAUAUCCAUGAUCUUCGCAAGUCUGCUCAAAGCCAUAUGCAAACGGAUACUCUUCAUUUUUAUGUAAAUCACUGUACCGUUUUACCGAAAAACUCCAGAAAACUUACAUAUCUGAGGACAAAGUGUGAUGGGAAAAGGUAAUAUAAGGUUCCGAUUUAAGUUCCACCUUUCUAUUUGUAAGCAAGUGAGUUUCACAAGUAUUGUUG